AGGUGUCAGGUUUCAGUGUCGGUUGCUCGCUUUCUGGAGUUGAUCCGGAAAAAGGGACGAUUUCUUAUGUGACGUUUGAAUUUAAUAUACAUAGUAACGUAACGGAAGCGUCCUAAAGAAAAAGCAUUUCACCCUUCACUCUCUUUCCUAGUGCAGUCAUGGCACCUAAAUAUGAUGGGUUGUCCCACUGUAAACUGGCCCUGGUGUUUGCUGUGCUCAUGGACCUGCUGGGUGUGAUAUCCCUGCUGCUGGGGGUCUUUGCCCCUCUUGAGAUCCAAGGCCGAGACUUUGGGGAUCUGCUGGUGUACUCAGGAGCCCUGCUGGUGCUGUUCUCCCUGGCAGGCUGGGUCAUGUGGUACAGUGGCAACAUUGAGGGUCUGACCUCCAAAAAGGAGCUGGGAAAAACUUUUGGAGCUAUGGAUCGUCUCGCCCGCUCCCUGAGCCGCAGGAUACGCAUCCCCAGGACUCACAGCAGCCCCACAUAGGAAGAGGAGUCCAAAGAUACAGACUGACUGACUGUUACAUGAAGGGCUGUCCUGAACCAGGCAGCUGGCCAAACUGCCUGAGGCAAAGGAGUGUCAUUGCUGGUUGUCAUCACUGAAUUAACAAACACAUGGUUCACAUGGGAAUAAAGUUCUCACUGUGAUUUAUCUUUUCGAAAAAUAAAACUAGGAGAAUUUGUAUCCUCUCUACUUAAGAAGUUGUAUGUGGACUACAAUCAGGUUUGUAAUGUAAAAAGCAUUAUCAUAUCCCAACAUAUGAAUAUUAAAAAGAUUUAUCUGCUGUAUU